CACCGGCAGCUGUUACGCGCCAAAGCAACGCUACAGACUUCUACAAAGUAGUAAAUGCUAUAGAACAAUACCACCAUGGCUUCGCUACGCUCCAUGAUGGUGGCAUGCGAGGGUCCUCCCCUCCGUGCUGUUUGUGCUGUUCGAAAGGCGCUAGUGCCAGAUUUGUCGAGCAGCGCGCGCAAAACUCCCUCGGCGCUCACUCAGCUUCACGCUUCGUCGACUUGACGACAACGAAUCAGAUAACGCGCAAACGCGUCGUACUGCCCUCUCAGUACCAUCGAGCACGGGACUUUUUGGCGCAAUAGCAGCAGUCGCAGCUGCAGUUGCAGUAUACCGGACAAUGACUUCAAACUAUGGCGACCCAGAUACUCAAAUGGGCGGAGGUCCUGGCCCGUAUGGCAAUCACAAUGACGCACCACCCGCGCAACAGCAUCACCAGGACCUGACUGACCCUGAUCUCCAGCUUCAGGAGAAGCUUCAACAGUUCAGCAACCAAGUCAUGCAUUCCAGUGGUCCUCAACAGCCCCAAUACCAGCAGCCAGCUCAGAUGGCGCCUUUGCAGAAUGCGCACCCUCACUACCAAGCGCAGCAACGGCCCACACAUUCGCCGCAGCAAAUGGCGCAUGUUGCGAUGAGCCUAGGCGAACACCAUGAGCAGUUCGAUCCGAAUGAUCCGAAUCGCAAGCGAUCGAAGGUGUCGCGUGCUUGCGACGAAUGCCGACGGAAGAAGAUACGUUGCGAUGCGACCAGCGAGAAUGGGCCAGAAGCUUGCUCCAGCUGUAAGAGGACCGGGGCAAGAUGCCAGUUCAGUAGACAGCCUAUGAAGCGAGGACCUAGCAAAGGCUAUAUCAAAGAGCUUGCAGACCGUCUAAACUCCCUCGAGAGCCAAAUCCAACAGCCACAAGCUCACCAAUUCGACCUUCAGAAUCUGGCAGAUCAAAGCUUUACAGAGAUUCAGACCCCCCCUCAAUUCCACCGAAAACGUACACACAGCAUGUCAGAGGGAUUUCAGGAUGCUUUUGGUCGGUCCAGCUGGUCCGGUCAGGAUCGCGGUAAUAACCACCCGCUUGAGCAAAACAUACUCUCUCUGCUGACAACGCAAGAAACACCGGUGAACGGCGAUCGACGUACCUCGUUCGGGGACAUGACACUGGCUGGCAAUCUUAUCACAGGUUCCAACGAGGGUACACUCAAGGCGUACUACAAUCUGAUUCACCCAACGCUCCCAAUUCUACCUCACGACUCCACCUCCUUAAACCGCCUCACAAACUGCCCUGCGAAGCUGCGAGAAGCCUUCUUCCUCGCACUCGACGCGUGUGUCCGAUCAUUUGCGCCUCGUGCAUUACCACAGAUUGACACGAACUUGACACAACUCUUGCACCAAACGUUUGCUUCGGUUGACGCAGCGAAACUCACAAUCAACGAUCCCGACGCAUCCCGGCAGAUCUACAAUAAUCUGGUUUACUGUCAGUCCUUAUUACUGCUUCUGCUUGCCUCAGACAAACCUGGACCGGGUGUAGUGGGGAGCACCUCGCAACUGCUUGGCCAGAUCGCAGGGUGCAUCACCGAAGGCGGCUUUAACGAUGUCAGAACAUUGACAUCUCUGAAAGAACACGACCAAGACGCAUUUCAGGGCUCUCGCCGUGUCUUCUGGACGGCGCUCAUCUUAGAUCGGUUCCACGCCUCAAGUCGAUCAAAGGACAUCAUGCUGCCAUUGCAUUCGGGUUCCCUAACUCGCGAUGACUAUGGAGCGCUCGGAGAUCUCGGUUACCACCUUGCUCGUGGGGCCAAAAUUGUAGGACAGGUAGCCGCUGUGAGCCGUGCAGGUAGUGUUCCCAGCAUCGAACCUUCUUCGCCGUUUGCUUCAAUGCCGCUGGUCGCUACUUCGCCCGAGUCCAUUUACCUAAACGGUCAGCUGUCAGGCUAUCGAGAAUCAAUGGACCUUACAGACCUAACGAACAACUCACCACCUCAUCUUACUUACCAGUAUCUGCGUCUUUUUGUGGGACGUCUGUCUUCACAAAACGCUUCAUCGACUGAAAUACUAAGUCUGACGAAAGAGCUUCUCAGCAAUCUGUCUAGCGGAGCGAUCACACCACUCCAUCAAGUGUGUGCCAGCCUUGUUGCAACCUCCUUGGUUGAGCUCUCCGAGAUAGUCGAGACUCAAAUUGAAGCACAGGCUGCGAUCAAGGAAAUGAGCGACGCCCUUAACAAUGGACAGAUUCUUUAUCGCAGCAUGGACCAUGUCGGCUGGGAUGCAGCUGUAAGAGAUAUUCUGCAUCAGAAACACGCCCUUACACCCACAAACCCGGUCCCUGAACAAACGACUUCAGCACCUGAUCCCAACAUGGCUGGUUUACAACACCUUGCCGCGGCCGCCGUGGGUGAGCGCGAAGGAACUGAGCCACGUCCAGUCAGCAGUGGCGGCAACAACAGCCACGACCAGGCCCUCGCUAGCGCCGAACACGACCUUUCAGCAGCCAUGGCCGCAGCGAACGACGCAGCGAUGGCACAAGCAACGGCGGCAGCGGCGCAACAACAGCUAACGGCGUCAUCACCAGACGCUAAGCACGGGAAUAAUUUCGACUCCAAGCAAGAUGACUUCAUGGCAUCACUCUCGUGAUCCCUGCCUGACGAUGUUCUUCACUGUCACGAUGUAUGUAUGCACAAAUAUCGGCAGGAAAGUCAGUCUGCGUCUGCCAGGA